AUGUCCAACGGCAUCCUUCGAGUAGAAGGCGAGCAAAUUGUCGAUGCCUCCGGUAAACCCGUCAUACUUCGGGGAGCUGGUCUGGGAGGAUGGAUGAAUAUGGAGAAUUUCAUAACUGGCUACCCCGGCCAAGAACAUCAACAUCGAGCUGCCAUGUUGAAAGUUCUUGGCCAGGAGAAAUACGAGUUCUUCUUUGACAAAUUUUUGGAGUAUUUCUUUAUGGAAGAUGAUGCCAAGUUUUUUGCUAGUCUGGGACUGAAUUGUCUGCGUUUACCAUUCAAUCAUCGACAUUUUGAAGAUGAUAUGAACCCGAGAGUUUUGAAGGAAAGUGGGUUCAAGCAUUUGGAUCGCGUGAUUGAACUUUGCGCCAAACACAAUAUCUACACAAUACUGGACAUGCACACCGUCCCUGGUGCCCAAAACCCAGACUGGCAUUCCGACAAUCCAUCAAACUACGCCUCAUUCUGGGACCACAAAGAUCACCAAGACAGGACCAUCUGGCUCUGGUCACAAAUCGCUACACGCUAUCGCGACAACCCCUGGAUAGCAGGCUACAAUCCCAUCAAUGAACCCUGUGAUCCACUGCACCACCGCCUCCCCGAAUUCUACACCCGUUUCGAAUCCAGCAUCCGCAAAAUCGACCCUUCCCACAUCCUCUGGCUCGACGGAAACACCUUCGCCAUGGAAUGGAAAUCCUUCACCACCAUCCUCCCUAACUGCGCCUACGCACUUCAUGACUAUUCAUCCAUGGGCUUCCCCACCGGAACCCCAUUCACCGGUUCUCCCUCCCAAAUCGAAAACCUCGAAUCUAGUUUCCUGCGCAAAAGCACAUUUAUGAAAACCCACCGCGUCCCAAUCUGGAACGGCGAAUUUGGCCCAGUAUUCGCCGACCCAACACACGACCAAAACGCCCAAGAAACAAACACCCAACGCUACAAUCUCCUCGGCGCCCAAUUAAACAUCUACGAUAAAUAUCAAAUCCCCUGGAGCAUCUGGCUGUACAAAGACCUCGGACUCCAAGGCAUGGUCACCACAUCUCCCACCUCCCCAUAUCAUACCAUCAUCACUCCCUUCCUCCACAAGAAACGCGUUCUCCAACUCGAUGCCUGGGGUUCCCCGGCUUCAGAGUCCCUCAAUGAAGCAUUAGAUCCGUUGGUAAAAUGGAUAGAAGAAAAUGCCCCCAAGGCAAAAGAACAGUAUCCGACUCCCUGGGGAGUUCAGAGACAACUGUUGAGAGGCGUGGUGCAGACGUAUGUGGCGAGCAGUUUCGCAGAUGAGUUUGCGGAGCUUUUUAGAGGGUUGGGGGAGGAAGAGCUGGAUGCCUUGGCGGGGAGUUGGAGGUUUGAAAAUUGUGUUAGGAGGGAGGGGUUGAAUAGGGUGUUGAGUGAUUUUGCGGAGGGGAGAAGAAAGAUUGAGGGGGAGUGA